GUUGUGUAGCCUACCUCAGGCGCACUAGGGGUUGAUAAAUAAUAGUGUGGUUUGCUAGGGGGCCGUGCUUUCCCUGUUAACCAACCUACACAUGUUCGAAGCCUUGCUUCGGCAGGGUGAGGGCGCUUGUUCUUCUAAAUUAAAAUUUCACUGGUGCUAGCCUGUGGCCGAGUGUUUUUUACACCAGCGUGUAGUAGUUUCAAACAACAUCAAUAUGCAAGUUUUUUCACCUUUUCUGAUUUUGUCGGAUCCACUUCUGAAUUCUACAAAUAAAAUCCAAGUGUAUGAAACAUACUGGGUAUUAUUUUAGCACGCUUGCUUACCAAGCGGCCAUCCGUAGCUACUAAUAGUGAAUAAAGUUCAUAGACUAAUAUCUUGUGCUCCACAGUCACCAUCUGAGUUGAUUGAGAUGGCUCUGAAGUUCUAUGAUGAAGUUGCGCUUCCUAAGCUGGUUGCCGAUUUUGGUUCUUUGGAACUUUCACCUGUUGAUGGUAGGACAUUGACAGAUUUCAUGCAUACCAGGGGCCUGCAGAUGCGCUCCCUAGGACGAGUUGUCAAACUUUCAGAGAAGCUCUCACACGUACAGUCCCUUUGUGUGCAUGAAAUGAUAGUGAGAGCAUUCAAGCAUAUUGUCCAAUCUGUUAUUGCAGCUACUUCGGACAUGAGACAAUUAGCAUUAACAAUAGCUGCAGUGCUGAACUUACUUCUUGGUGUUCCUGAAUCUGAAUUUUCUGGAAGUUCUCCUGCUGUGCAUCCCCUGGUGUGGAGAUGGCUUGUUGCCUUCUUGAAGAAGCGAUACCAGUAUGAGCUCACAGGGCAACAUUAUGAUGAUGUGAGGAAAUACGCUAUAUUGAGAGGACUAUGCCAUAAGGUGGGCAUUGAAUUGGCACCGCGAGAUUUUGUCAUGGAUUCUGCUUUCCCGUUUUGCAAACAGGACAUUAUUAGCCUUGUGCCCGUACAUAAGCAAGUUGCGUGCUCAUCUGCAGAUGGAAGGCAACUUCUAGAAUCCUCUAAAACAGCUCUUGACAAGGGUAAACUUGAAGAUGCUGUUAAUUAUGGAACCAAGGCCCUUGCCAAGCUCAUAAUGGUGUGUGGUCCCUAUCAUCGAAUGACGGCUGGAGCUUAUAGCCUUCUAGCUGUUGUUUUGUACCACACUGGUGAUUUUAAUCAGGCUACAAUAUAUCAGCAAAAGGCCCUAGACAUCAACGAGAGGGAACUUGGGCUUGAUCACCCUGAUACGAUGAAGAGUUACGGAGACCUUGCUGUUUUCUACUAUCGUUUACAACACACAGAACUGGCUCUGAAGUACGUCAAGCGUGCAUUAUAUCUUCUACAUCUUACAUGCGGGCCAUCUCAUCCAAACACAGCUGCAACAUAUAUUAACGUAGCCAUGAUGGAGGAAGGCUUGGGCAAUGUGCAUGUAGCUCUUAGGUACUUGCACAAAGCUUUAAAAUGCAACCAGAGAUUACUUGGGCCUGAUCAUAUCCAGUUCCAGGAGACAUGUCUCGAUGAUGAGUCAAAUUAUUGAAGGCCAGGCGUUGCCAAGACCGUAUCAUUGGACCCCUCUAGGCCCAGAUAUGGGCCAUGGAGACCAAGAGAGGCACCACCGACCAAGGAGGAAACUUACGAUACGUAGGGAAGGCUGAACGUUUUGGAUAUGAAUACUAAUCUGGAUUCCUACCACCUACAUGCCUGACGCACUGACAUGGCGACCGACAUACCAGUGCUAUAUAAGGGGUGACAUGGCGACCGGCAUACCAGUGCUAUGUGAGGGCAACAGGGACAUAGUAGUAGGGAUCCCGGUUUCGCAUAGCCUAGAGCCUUUACACCACGUAGAGAUUCCGAUGCUUCCCAUUGAGACCUAGCAUAUCUUGUCGAGCUACCCCAACUCGUCGAGUACCCCGUGAUAUUGUAAAUGAUCCCCUGUAUUAUCCCCACAUAUAAGAAAAAAGACAAAGGCAGGAAGUAGGGCUUUUACCCAACUUAGGGGGCUGAACCUCGGUAUAUUGUGUCCCCUUUUGUGUUAUAGAUCCAUCGGUAGCUUGACGUGACGUUCCCGCGACUACAUAUCCACAUACUCGUUCUAGUACCACUGUCAGGACAAGACAAAAAUCCAUCAACAACAUGGGAGUAUGAUUCCACGCAUCAGACUUCGGGUCUUUCUUGCUUGCCUUGGUCCUCACAUAAUGUGCCUCUUGGGAAAACACUUGCUUGUGCUCCUUUCCCAGCCUACACAAUUAUAGAUGUGAGCUCAUAAGCUCGUCCCCUCUUGUGCGUCACACUUUUAUGUGCAUACAUAGUGGCGUGCACAUCCAUGGUUCUAAUAAUCUCAAAAAGAAAAUUGCAGAAUCAUGAUGAGGAGCAUUCGGUUUGGUACAUGCAUGGAGCUUCAAGUUAGUUGGAUACUUGUAUAACCAAGAAGUUACAUCAGGAUCACUAUGAGAAGCAUCCGGUUUGAUUAUUAACCUAGAUCUACUCUACUGGUCGUCGCCCUUGUCCUCGUCGACUAGGUCGAUGUACACCAGAACUGGCCAUGGAUAUGGCCACGCUCCGGGUGCAAUGGCCACGGACGCCGGCGU